AUGGCGGCCGAAAUAAAACCAGCACCACGCAGUGCCAACGACCGGUUCUGUACGACCAAAAAGCCGGAAUUGCUUAGCAAACUAGAAGGCAGCAACGAUGACGUGAACGCGGCCGUGCUGAUUCCGGGCGAGGAUGGUGUUAUCAGUGUUUGUGACGGCAAAACGAUACGAGUAUGGCAGAAGCGCGAUUCUGGACAGUACUGGCCAUCAAUUUGCCAGUACAUGCCGUCUGGAUGCACAUCCCUGUGCUAUACACCGGAAACGAGAACGCUUUUCAUCGGGCAGGAGAAUGGGACAAUAUCACAGUUUACGCUGUCGGAUGAUUGCAACCGGCUCACACCGAUCCGGGAGUACCUAGCGCACCAGGCUCGCAUCACCAGCGUCACCUUUGCCAAACACACCGGCUGGAUCCUGUCGGCCGGAAGGGACAAGUUCUUCGCCUAUCACAGUACCGAAACUGGGGAGCGGAUCGGUUGCUACACGUUCGAAGCGUUGUGUACCGCUAUGCAGUACGACGCCUUAUCGAAGUACGUGUUCAUUGGAGAUUACAGUGGACAAAUAACGAUGCUAAAGCUAAACGGGACCAACGCAACGAUGGUAACGACGAUGAAGGGCCACUCCGGUUCUGUACGUUCACUAUACUGGGCCGAGGGACCACAACUGCUGUUUAGCGGAUCGCAAGAUCAAUCCGUGAUCGUUUGGGAUGUUGGGGGCAAACGCGGGACUACUUACGAGCUUCAUGGCCACAACAACAAGGUGUCGUCGCUGUCUUAUGGAUCAAACACGCAGCAGCUGAUAUCGGCCGGUGAGGAUUCGGUGAUUGUAUUCUGGGAAAUGAAUGCUAUGCGUAAGGUAACACCAGAUUGGGUCGAGUCCGACACGUGUCAGCUAUGCACGCGGGCGUUCUUCUGGAACCUGCGUGCCAUGAUCGAUCAAAAGCAGAUCGGCCUUCGACAGCACCAUUGUCGCUACUGCGGCAAGGCGGUGUGCGACAAGUGUUCCACCAAUCGGAUCAACAUUCCGAUUAUGGGCUUUGAGUUCGACGUACGCGUCUGCGAUCAAUGCCAUCAACGAUUGAAGAGCGAAGAGCGUCCCUCGUUGGCAACGUUUCAUGAUGCCAAACACAGUAUCGUUGCCAUGGAUCUUGACGAACCACGGAAAAGGCUUCUAACAGUCGGCCAGGAUCGUAUCAUUAAGAUCUGGGAUCUAUCAUCCAUUUGGGGUUAGUAGAGGAUUGGCGGCGAACAAGAGGAGCACAGGAGCGUCUAUAAUGUUUCGCGUUACUGUUUUUGAGUAUCGAUUUACCGAGCAAUAGAAGAAUAACACGGUGUAAAACCAAAUGUUGAAUAGCGUCGGUGAAACAGCGGCCGUAAUACGAUAUCCUUUAUUUAUUCUUAAUUCCAACUUACUGUUAUUUCAAAUGUUGUGGGCCAUCUUUUCAGUUGGCUCUUGAAGCAAUUGUUCUUUUACUUUAGGGUACUGUUGUUUCUCUCCCUU